AUAUUAAUUCAUAAUAAUAGUUCAUUUCUAAUUACAAAAUUAGUGAAAAUAUUUAUAUAUAAAUAUUUUGAAAACUAAAAAAUUGUUAAAAUAUUUAUCAGUAGAUUUGUUAGAAUAAUUAUAUAUAAUGAAAAGAUAUCAUGAUUAAAGUAGUUAAAAAUAUCUUAUAUUAUUAGCUUUAAUAAAAUAAAAGUUAAUUUUUUAUAUGUAUUAAAUAGUUUGCUAGUGUUAACCCGUCUUACCAACAUAUUAUAAUUUUGAACAUAAAUAUUUAUAAUUAUAAUUAUAUAGCAGAUAAAAAAUAUGAUAUAAUUUUUAUUUUUAUUUCAUAAAUGAUAAUUGAACAUAUUAAUGCAUAAUAAUAUUUCAAAAUUAAUUACGAAAUUAGUUAAAAUAUUUAUAUAUAAUUUUUAAAAAAUUGAGAUCUUGUUAGAAUCUUUUCAAACAGAUUUGUUAGAUUUUUUAAAAUAUAUAUUUUUAUAUUUAAAAUAAAAAUAUCAAAAGAUAUUAUGAUUAAAAUAGUUCAAAUAUUCUAUGUGUUAUUAGUUUAAAUACAAUAUAGUUAAUAAAAUUUCUAAAGGAUGGUCCAAAAUAAAAAAACAAACACACAUGAAAGAAGUCGUGAUUUUUAUUUUAAUAGAAUAGUUAAUUGUAAGUCCAAUAUAUUGCAUUUUUAUAUUUUAUGAAAUAAUAUAUUUUUAUAUAAACAUAAUAUAGAAAAAUUAAAAUAAUGUAAUAUAAUGAAUUAACUUAUCUCUCGUUUAUUGUAUUUCAAAUCUAUGUAUAUAUAUAUUGUUUAUAGUGUUUCAGAUAAUUAUUAACUAAAUAAAUCAGAAAUUGAAGUAUUUUUAAAAUUUUUUAGAUUUUGAAAUGAUAUGAAAUGUUAAUUAUUUCAUUCAGUAUCCAAAUUAAUAUCAUUAUCAUUCAAAGUAAUGAAAUAAAUGUUACUUCACACGAGCACACAGUUUGUAUAAUUCUAAAUUGAAAACAUCAAACUAAUUAUUUUGGUUUAUAAAUGAAUGAUAUUAAUCUCAAUUUUGUGAUUAUAUUUUAGUUGUCACAUAGGUAUGAAUGAAAGACAUAAUCUUGAAAAUACUUUAUUGUAGUGUAUAGUCAAAUGUCCGCUACAUAUUAUGAGUUUAGAUUGUUUUAGUAUAAUAUUAGUUUUUAAUAAAAUAAAGAAUAGAUAUCUAUUUUUAAUCAAUUAUGUUGAUGAUUAUAUUUUUUUAAAAGUUAAAUGCAUAUAUAACGACCUGAUUUUUUCGCUGAAUAUAAGGAGACUCCUAAUGCAAUUAAUAUGUGGUUUGAAGAUUAAAAAUGAUUGAUCAUUUUAUCUUUAAAGAAUAAAAAAACAUUUAACCAAAAAAAAUUAAAGGAUGAUCCAUUUUAAAAUAUCACACAUGAAAAAAAUCAUGACUUUUUUUUUAAUAUAAUAGAUAAAAAAUUUAAAAACAUUAACUAUAAAAUUGUUUUUUUCAGAUGAAAGAAGGCAUAAGGCUACGAUUACAUUUGAUAUAUGUUUGUCACAAAGCUAAAAUUAAAAUCUCUAUAAUUUUAUUUGAUAAUUCCGUUUUUCACGUUAACUAUCCACAAAACUAAAAUAGAAAAUUAUAUACAUAUUUAUAAAAUUAAUUUCAAAAUAUCUUAUAAUAGUAAGUAAUUAAGAUAUAUUUUAAUAUAAAAUAAUAGAUAUCAUAUCUGGUUUGGAAAAGUUAAUAUUAAAAAAAGAAAUACAAAUUUCUAUAUUUUGUCUAUAUUUAUAAAUAAUAAUAUUAUAAUUUUUGUUUUUGUUUUGGUGUUGUUAAAAGUAUAGUUUUCCUUAUGAGGCUCAAAUCAGGCGUAUAUCAAAAUAAAUGUAGGGCACAAUGUAGGAAUGUCAAACAGGUUGAUCCGUCCCGUUCCGUACCGCAGUGGGUUCGUCUUCGAGCGGAUCACGGUGGGUCAGACCCGCGCAGGCUGUGAUCCUAAAAAUGGCUGACCAAACCCGUACCGCAAAACAUGUAGGCCCUUGCGGAUCGCCCGCGGGACAUAGAAUUAUAAAUGGACAUAUGGCUCCUGAACGCUUCAAGACAUGAUUCAGGAUGCUUUAUCAAUUUCAUGACGCAUCAGUAAGUUUGUUUAGUCGAGGAUUGAACUGGAUAAAGCAAUACACUUGUUAGUUGAAGAUUUUAGUUGUAUCAAAACACUAGUUUAUUUACUUUUGUUAGACUCUAAAUAUUUUAAAAAUAAACAAUACUUUAGUAGCUGAAUCCAAAUAUUAUAACUCAUCCAAAAUUAAAUAAAACCAACACCAAAUCAAAGAUGCUAAUCCAAAAAAUAAAUAAAAAGAAAACAUCAAUCACACUUCUUGUUUUUCAUCUUUAUCACCAACAAACGACAAAAAGAUGGAAAUUUCUCUUCUUCACCAUCAACUUCAUUCUCUGCAAAUAAGAAUAAUAGAAGUCAGUUAAAGAUAUAUUGAAACCUAAAACUCCAAAAUGUAUGAUAAUGUGAACAAAUACAUAUAGGCAAGACUAUGAAAAACCCAUGGCAGGAACUAGAUCUUUUUCUUCGGUGGAAAGUGAGUUUUCAAACUUCUUAUGAUGACUCGAAGAAGCUCCACCGGUGCAGAUCGAAGGCGCAUGGGAGACCGGAAGCAUCAUUGACCCUGAAACCACCAUCACCGGAGCUAUCGAAUCACCUUCUCUCUCUCUCUCUCUCUCUCUCUCUCUUCUCUCUCUCUCUCUCUCUCUCUCUCUCUCUCUCAAUGUUUUAGGCGAAAGCAGAAAUGGGGACUUAGAGUUGUGGGUCUUUAAAAUCCCACAGGUUAAGCCCAUCCCGCUUUCGACCCGUCCCGCUUUGAACCUGUCCCGCUAGGCCUGUAAUUUUGCGGGCUUACCAAAUGGAGGCCCAAUCCCGCCUUGCAGCCUUUACAGGUCAGGCCCGCGGUCCAGGUCUUUGAUUGUCAUCCCUAGUACAGUGUACCAAGGAUGCAAAACUCAACGGCGGAUAGACUAGCACGCAAUAUUAUGAAGCAACCGUCUUUUAUCGUUCACAUGGGUGCAUAUCACCCAGUUUGGUUUACAAAAUCAGUAUGAGUCUGUAAAGUUGAUGACAAAAAAAAAGUACGGCAAUUCUCCUAAAUAGACUAUUUUCAAGUUUUGUUCACAAAAUAGACCACAAGGAAGAAAAUGAACAAACUGUUUUAUUUAAUAGGUAAAAGAACCGUAAUACCCUAAAAAUACAAAAAAAAAUAUAUAUAUUUUUUAUAAUUUUAAUUAUAUGUUUUCAAAUUCGAACUUUUUGACUAAAUCUAGGAUCCUAAUAUCCUAGAUAUACAAAAUGUUUCAUUUUGGCGUUGGAUUUUUGCUUCUGACAUCAUCUGAGAGUUUUGUUGGCCCGUUUCAUUACUCUCCAACCGCCACUGUAGGAAUGCUCAAGGAGAUAAUUGUCUCUGAAUGGCCUAAAGGUGAGCUUAGAGUCUUUACUACAAGUGCUCUUUAAGUUUGGUGAACAGUUUCUUCACUAGUGGCUUGAUAGACAAAGUCUAGGCUAUUUUAGAUCUGAUUGUAUUACUAAUCACUUGUCUUAAACUAUUAGACAUCUGUUUAGAAACUGGUUCUGGCUCUCUUCAAGACUAUUCUUUAUUCUUCUACAUUCAACAAAAUCUUUUCAUUUGUCACACUUUUGAUUUCCAGUUUUACUUUUUAAUGUGAUGUCCCUAGACAAGAAUAUUGUUCCAAAAGCAGCUAGUGACAUCAAGUUUAUAAAUGAUGGUAAGAUGUUGGAGAAUGGUAAAAUUGUUGCUCAGUGUAAAGCUCCAUUUGAUGAUCUCCCUAAAUCCGUCAUUAAAAUGCACGUUGUCGUGCAACCGUGUCCAACAAAACCAAGACCAGGUCUUAUUCUGUUGCUUUCUCACCUCAGUACAUCUUGCUUAUAGAAUGAAUGCUUAGGAGUUCUAUGUAAUUUGGUUAUUGGUUUGUUAUCUUCUCUUCUAUAGCAGAGAGGAAAAUUAAAGAGGAAGAAGCCUCACAGAGAAGCUUUUGCUCAUGUAUCAUAAUGUGAGAACAAGUACUAGAUCCAAAAUCUGAACACAAGACUUAGGAAGCUUGUUUGGAGUCUUGCUUCACUGGGUUUUUUUGCACGAAGACCGUACAAACAUAAAUUUACCAUCUUCAUGCUUCAUAUUAUGCAUUCAUCAUAAGUUCAAACAAAUCUUCAUCAAUGGCGUUAUAAAGCUGGUCUAUUGAAAGUUUAUUUUUUUGCAUUGUGAUGAAAACUCUUCUUUUGGAGAAUAAUUAUUAUAUAAGGAGAAGAGCUUCUAGUAUGUGGUUCUGUUCAUCUGUACACCUUAAGACCUAUUUAUUCUCCAUCAGUAUCUGCCCAAACAUUUGUGUCAACAAAUCAUUAACCAGUGAUAAACCGGUACAAACACUAAUGAUAUAUAUGACAUAAUCCAUACAUAAGACAGAAGUGGCAUUACCUUUCUAUUCACUUUUUAUUAUCUCUUCAGAAGUUACAUUAUCAAAGUUCAGUACUUUUUCGACUUGUUAUUAUCUCCGCAUCCAUCCAUUUCCUUAGGAAACUCAUAUUUUUAAACGUAUAUCUACUUCCGUCAAUAAUAUUUCCUUAUUUUGUACUAUAUAACUAGGAUAAGACCUGCGCUUUGCGCAGGGUAAGUUUAUUUGUAUAUAUUAUCGAUAACUUUCUUUUUAUAUUUGAUUAUUUUAUUUAUACAUAUAUAAUAUGUUUUGUUGAUAUUAUAUCAUUUAUUCCGAUGGACCGGAUCAAUUUUUUUUAAAAAACUGUUGAACUAAACUAUAAUUAAUAUAUCAUGGAUUGGUUGGAUUGGACAUUAAAUAAAUUAUGACACAAAAACUUUAGUUUUUUUCCCUGAACACAUUCUUGAAAAAAAAGUAAACAAUUUGUUUUUACAGUUGAAUUAUUUUGGCAUUUAUCUUCCAUAUGAUUUUGAAAAGUUUCGCAUCAACCAUCGAAUUGAUACAUGUCAUUUUAAUGUUUUUAGUCGUAUGCUUAAAAAACUUACAUUUUGUAAUUUACGGUCAUUUAAAAAAAAUUAAAAUAUAACAUAUAAGAAAUAAUCUAACAUAUAAGAAAAAAAUAACAUAUAAGGUUUCCUCAUUUUUGUAAUCUAAAGUCAUUUCAAAAAAAAAUAUAACAUAUAAGUUUUCCUUAUUUUUGUAAUUUAAAGUCAUUUUAAAAAAUUUAAAAUAUAACAUAUAAGAAAAAACAUAUUUUUUAUUAUAUGGUUAAUGUGAUUGUUUAAUUUUUUUUAAUAAUAUAAAAUUAAACAAAAAUGAAGAAUGAUAUAAAAAUUGUUAUCAAAUAUUUAUUAUUCAUAGUCAUUACUUGUCUUAUAUAUGUUAAUCAUAUUAUGUAAUUUCGUAGCUUUUAUUUAAGGAAAGAUUACACUUUUCUUAUAUUUUGGCUUAAUAUAAUAUUCCAUAGUAAUUGGAUUUGGACUAACAUUUUUUCAAUUGAUUCUUAAGCUGCCGCGUAAGCUAAAUUGUCAUCCUAAUUAAGUGACACAUAAGCAAAAUUUCUUUUUUUAAAUGAUCAUCAGUUAAUAUAUAUGGGAUUAAAAAUAAUUGUUAAAUAAAUUAGUUAUUAUAGAUUUAUAAGAUGAAAACAAAAAAAUAACAAUAUACUAAAUUUAAGACAAAUAUAUGUCAAAGAAAGCCUUUACUUAAGAAUAACCAAUUAUUCAUAUUAACGUCUCAAAUAUCAAGAUCAUAUAAAUAAAAUAAACUACAUGUAUAUAACUAUAUUAUGUAAUUUGCAUAAAACUAUACUAUUAUAUUUUAAUUAAUCAGUUUAUUCGGUUUGUAUGGUUUGAUCAGUUUAUAUUCUGAACCAUAUCUAUAUACCACGGUUUCUAGAAAUAACAUAUAUUCGGUUUAUGUGGUGUUACCAAAUAAACUAAUUUUUCUAUUUCGAUUUUGUUCGGUUUUAGUUGGUCCAGUUUUUACCGAAUUGAACAUCAUUAAUUCAAAUUACUAAAUCGUAGAUAGUUUGCAAACAUGUUUCUUGUACUGAAUCGUACGUAAUAUAGUCAAUUUUUUUUUGUAUUUUAUAAUUAAAUCUAAAAAUAAUUUGUAAAAAUAGAUCUCUUUUUCCAAAGGACUAAACCAAACAGGUUUUUUUUGGCUGAUUGCUAGUUGGAAAGAUGAUGGUUACUUAUCGUUUAAAUAUGAUUAGCUUAUAUGUUAACAUCGUCUAUAAUUACUAUUAACUAAUAUGAUUUGCAUUUACUAUAAUUUUACUUAACUCCCCAAAAAAUAUUUUUAGUUCUUGCCUUGACAAAGUUUUUGCAUCUUAAAUAUAAAUUUUUCAUAUUUUCACUUUUCUUUUACCUCAAGGCAAUUAUAUUAGAUAUUUAUGCAUAAAGUAUUAAGUUAAUAGUAUUGAAAUCUAUAUAUAAUAAAGGAACUAUCAUUUAUACGUAACUGUCGAUAUUUGGAGUAGAAGAUCCACGCUCUUGGUAGAUUAUUUUCUUAAACAAUGAUUAAAAGUAUUUUAAUAAGGAAACUCUCAUUUAUAUGGUCUCGAGCUUGGUUUAUUUAUACUUUUUAUCAUAUACUUUUAUGUUUGGGUUAGUAUUAGUUUCUCUAGCGAAUUGAUUUUGGACUUACACAUUAUUUUAAAUUGCUUGUCAUGCUACCACAUAAAAUUAAUUGAUAUUUUAAUUAAGUGACACCUAAAUAAUUUUUUUUAAUUAAUACAAAUUUAAAAUUACAACCUUUUAAAUUUUUUUCAGUCAAUAUAUAGGGGAUGACUUGAAGCAAGUUAUAUGGACUCAUGGAUUUGAAUGGGACUCAUGGAUUUGAAUGGUUUCAAAUCGAAAAUCUGAUUUAUUGAUGUCAUCAUUAUUACCUAGCUUUGGUAAUGUAAACGUGAGUAUAUGUAGACGUCAAACAUAUAAUUAAUAAAAUUGAUUUAUGUAAUCAAUAUGUAGAUAUAUCCACACAGAUUACGGCUUGUAAUUAUAGACAUAAUGAAUAUAUGUGCAUGUAGUAGCCUUAUUUGAGCAAGAUCGUUAAUUAUUACUCCCUUCUUUUUUUAAUAUAAGUCGUUUUAUAGCUAUGCACGUAGAUUAAGAAAACCAUUAAUUUUUUAUAUUUUCUAAACAAAAACAUCAUUAAUUAUUUACCUAACCACAAUUCAACCAAUAGAAAAAUAAAAGAUAUAUUAUCAUUGGUCAUACAACAUUAAUUACUAAUAAAUUUUACAUAGAAAACCGAAAACGACAUAUAAUUUAGAACAAAAAAAUUUCUCUACAACGACUUAUAUUAAAAAAGGGAGGGAGUAACUACAGUAUUCUGUACAAAUAAACGAUUGCUUAUGAAGGCAAAUAAAUUCGCCUAAUAUUUUCCACCUUUAAAACGGAAAGUGGAUCUUUCUUGUUUCUCAAACGUCAGUUCCUUAAUGUAUGUUCCUUUUCUAACUCCAAAUUAAUUUCGAUGGAAGACUUGGUGCAAAAGUAAUCUUCUACUAAAUACAAAAUUAACUUUUUAAACACAUACGAUCACAACCACUUCUGUAUUUCCUUAUUUAACUCGAACCGACGAUCUGGUUAAUUUAUUGAUUAUUAAUGGUAAUUUGACGGUUUGAUUAGUUAUAUACAUACUCGUUCUUACCUGCUAUACUGUAUAUAGGAGAUUAAAAGUCCACUGGAGUAUAUGUUUAUAGAGUUCCAAUUAUAUUGUUGUCUUCAACAUAGAGAAUAACAAAAAUUGAACUACUGUAGAGAUUCCAGUAUACGGUACUUAUAUGUGAUGAAUAUUUAGACUUUUAUAGUGAAUGUACAUAAUGUAUAUUUUUAUCCAAAAAGAUUUAACAUUCGCAACAGACUUCUUUGAUUACCAUUUAUAAUCAUGUGAUUUGUUCAGCUUUUGGAAGAUUCGUUAAACAGGCAAGAACAUUACUCGAAACACACAAACAACUGAUAUAUAAGGCACUCGGCCAGGACCUAAUAAUAAUGAUGAACCUAAUAACAGUCACGAACCUUAUUGAUAUAUAAGGCUGUCGGCAAGGACCUAAUGAUAAUGAUGAACCUAAUAACUCUAUUCCGCCAUUUUUAUAGGUUCAUUGAUACUGUAUUUUUGUUAAAGCUAUUAUACCUUCAUCUUCAUUGAACCUAAUAAAUCUUGUCCGCCAUUAGUAGUUAUGCAAAUAAUGCCAAACAGGUCUUAAUACAGACGGCCCGGUUUUCAUAUGUAUUAUACAUACAGUCGCCAAUGUUUUCAUACGGGUAUUAAUCUCCACUUUAAAAUCGACUUUUCUUAUGUUAUAUAAUUAUGGAAAUACGUGACAACGUUAUAUUAAACUAUGGUUUAUAUUAGGUGCUCUAGAAUUCUUAGAAAUAGGAUUUAGAAGGCAUUUAGAAGUGCCACAUAGGAUUGGGGUUUUUUUUAAUUAAUACAAAAUUAAGGUUCUAAUUUUUUAAAAGAUCCUCAAUUAAUAUAUAAGGGAUACAAAUAUUUUUCUUUAAAUAAUAUGAACAAUUAAUCAUCUUUUGCUUAAUAUUUUACUAGUGACACCUCUGUAUGAUUUGAGUAAUAAAUUGCUUUUAAUGAUUUUCAUUAUUGUUAAUAAAUAUAUUAAAAUCACUUAAAGAGUGAAUAAAAUAUGAAAAUAAAUUUGUUAUCUGAAAACUGACUAGUGGCCGCUGUAUUGUCUUGAAUUAAAUGAAUGUGCAAUACUUAUGUGAGUGAUAAACUAUUUUUAGUGAUUUUAACUAUUGUUAGAGCCAUAAUUAACCAAUUUCAUUUAAUUAGAAAAUUAGUGAAUUAUGAAAUUAAGUAAUAAUAACUUUUAAAAUCAACAAGUGUGUGGCAUUGUAUAAUUUGAAAUAAAAUUAAUAUAUAUAUAUAUAUAUAUAUAUAUAUAUAUAUAUAUAUAUCUGACUAAUAAAUUGUUGUUUAGUGAUCUUACCGAUUAUUGAUCAUCAAUAAACACACUAAGAAUGAUCUUGCUUAUUGUUAGCGUCGUAAUCAAUACUAUUAAAAGGGAAUCAGUCCUAAAAAAUCUACUUAAAAAAGGUUGUUGCACCUACUUAAUUAAUUGUUGGACCAUAUAAUAAAUCUAACUAUAAAAUAUCAAUAAACGUCUUUCAUACCCUAUAUUUUCUCCUGCAAUCAACCGAAAAUUAUAAAUAAGCAAAUCAAUUUAAUUUUAAUCAUAUGUCGAUGGUUUCCACCUUGCUAUAUCCACUUUCUUCCAUAUUAUUAUACUUACAAUAUAAAAAUAUUGUUCUAGACACAUUUUAAAUAUAUAUUGAUUGUAACACUAAGAAAUAGUGAAAUCCUCAUGUGAACAUGAAUCUGAAUAGUAUUUAAUUAUAAAAGUUACUCCAUGAAACAUUUCCUACGUAAAUUUGAUAUAUAUAUAUAUAUAUAUAUAUACACCAUGAAACAUUAGUAAUAGUUAAGUUCAUUGUUCAAUGUUUAUAAUACUAUUAUUGUCGAUUGGUUUUAAGUUGCCCCUUUAACAUUACUACCUGGAUGAUAUAUAUACCAUGUAUUUUAAUAGUAAUGAUUAUUACAAAUGAAUAACAAAAAUACAAUUUAUUAUAUGGGAAAUUUAAUCAAUUUUUUUUUAAAAAUACUAUAAGAUUUUUCUAGGUUUUUAGCAAGUCAACCAGUAUUGGUUCACUGGUUAAUAGCAGUUUUUUCGGUUAAUCAGUUUUUUAAUUAAUAAAUUUUUAUUAAAUUUAAAUUUUAUGGAAACAUAUGAGUUGAUAGAACCUCUGAUACAAUAUUACAUGAAGAACAUAAGCUAUUCUGGAUUUAUAUAUCCAUCAGGUUUACCGGUUCGACUAUAGGUCCGAAUCAGACUUGAAAGCCAUUACUUAUAUCUUAAUUUGUCUAUAAACCACAUAUGUACCCUAUUAAAAGGAGUUAAAUAACUUGUAUACUUUCUUCACACCAUUUAAAUGUGAUGCACUAUUAGUCCUCAUCAUUUGGUUUUAGUUCGAGUAUUUUAGUUUUUGGUGUUUUGGUUCUAUAAAUAUAGAAACCAUUCAGGUAUUUACAAAGUUUGGUUAGGUCUCAGUUAGAUUAUUUUGGUUUUUGGUUCGGUAACAAAGUUGGGAACUGGACCAGUUUCAAAUUUUCAAUUCCAUAAAUAUAUGAUCUACUCGGUUUAUGAAAUCCAGUUCAGCUUUGGUUUUUUCAGUAUGGUAUGGUUCAGUUCGUGCUUUUGGAUAAAUAUGCUCAGACUUAUCCAUUAUCUUAUAUUGAAAUUUGUUUAAAAGAUAUUUAAUUUCGAAAACAAACCCGCAUUUUUUAAACGCGGGUCAAAAUCUAGUAAACACAUUAAAAUUUAAGUACUUUUGCAAACGUAACUCUCAUAAAUAUUGUUUUUAUAACGUUUCAAAAAUAUUGUUUUUAGUUUUUACUAAAUGUUACAUAUUAUAUGAUCGGAAUUAAAAGAAAGGUAAUAGAUAUACACAUAUAUGUGAGUAAUAGAUUGUUGUUAAUAAUAUUGUUAGCGCCAUAAUCUAUAUUAUUAAAAGAGAAGUACAAAUUUAGACUUACCCUUAAACUUAUAAAGUAUUUACAAUCCAAUGCCAUUGAAAAUAAAAUAAACCUAUUAUUAGGUAAUGCUUGUCUUUUCUAAUUAUUACAUAAUUUCUUUAAAUAAUUAUAACACUAACAAAGAUUUCGGCAACAAGAGAAUAAAAUAUCCACUUUCCCUAUUCGUAGGUUUCAAAAUAAUCAUAAUAAACAAAAUAUUCUAAAAGUUAAAGCCAAAAAUAUUGUGGCUAAAAUCAUGCCUUUUAUUAUUUUAUGUAUAUUCUAUUAUAAAUAAUAAGCCAGUGUAAAUUCAAUAUGAUAAAUAUGUUUAAAAGUAUAAAGUAUAUAACACCAGAUUUUAAAUAGUACAUAAAAUAAAUUUAUUAUAUCUUAUCAUAAAAUUUUGAUACAUAAAAAAUAAAAAUAUUUGUGCGGAUAUAUGGAUCAUAUUCUAAAAGUGUAAGUGAUACAAUUAACGAAUUACAAGAUAAUUUAUAAUACUCAGUAUAAAUUAUAAAAUUAUUGUUUUUAGAAAUUUUAUAUUAAACAACUAUUUUAUAUGGAUAAAAUUUAAAAAUAUAGAUUACCACACUUACACAAAAUAAAUAUUUAUUUAUAAAAAUUAAAAACAAAAACUCGCGCACGAUAAAUUUUAAAAGUAUAGAUUAUUACUUACAUAAAAUAAGUAUUUAUCUAUAAAAAGUAAAAACAAAAGACGCAUGGGUGUGCGGAUCAAGGUCUAGUAUAUAAAUUAAAAUCCAACUUUCUCUGCAACACCACUUUCAAAAUAAUACUACUAGUAUUUAUGGUUUUGACUAAAGACAACACUAUUUGACCGGAUAAUGAUAUGGACUCUUAUUGUUAGAAAGUAAAAAAUAUAUGUGAGUAAUAGCUUAUCGUUUAAUGAUUUUGACUUUUAUUAACGCCAUAGUAAAAACAUUAAAAUCCAACUAUCUAUGCAACAACACUUUCAAUUAUCGUUUACUCCCUCUUGCUCCUAAAAGAUCUAUGUUAUAGUUUUUCACACUUAUUAGAAAAACAUAUAAAAUUAUAUUUUCCAAUACAUUAUUUUUUUAAUAAAUUAUUUCCAAUAACUUUUAACCAAUGAAAUUUUAUUAAAUAUAAUUGUAUUUUUGGAAAGUACAAUUUUUCAUGAAACAAUGUAUUGAAAAUAUAAAAAUGUAUAUUUUUGAAACUAUUUUUUUUCUAAAACAUGGAUCUUCUAGAAACGGAGAGAAUAAUAUUUUUUCUUAGUUUUAGUGACGUAAUAAACACAUUAAAAUCCAACCAUGCAACAAUACUUUCCAAAAAAAUACUACUUUUCAGUUUCAAUUACAGACACCAUUAUCUGAUCAAAACUUAAAAAGGUAAUAGAUUGUCGUUUAAUGAUUUUGCUCGUUAUUAGCACCACAGUAAACACAUUAAAAUCCAGCCAUCUAUGAAACAUUAAUUUCAAAAGUGCUACUCUCUCUGUUCCCGAAAGUAAUAUUUUCUAAAGUGUUCACGCUUAUUAAGAAUUCAAUAAAUGUUUAUAAUUUAAUUUUUCCUUUACUUUAUUAUACACUUUUCAAUAACUUUUCACCAAUGAAAUUUAAUCAAUUCAAAUAUUUUCAUUUAAUGUUUCUUAAAAGUAUAAAAAGUACAUUAAACAUAUAGAAAAUCUAUCUUACUGGAACAAGUAAACAAUCUAAAACAUCUUAUUUCAGGAACGGAGGAAGUAUUGUUUUUUUUUUGUUUUGAUUAAAGACAUCAUUAUAUGAUUGAAACUUAAAAGGCAUUAGAUUUCUGUUUAAUGAUUUUUCUCAUUAUUAGCGCCACAAUAAAUACAUUAAAAUCUAACCAUCUCAAUAACAUCACUUUCUAAAUAAUACUAUUUUUAUUUUUGAUUAAAGAUGACACUAUAUGAUCAAAACUUAAAAAGGAAAUAGAUUGUCAUUUAAUGAUUUUGUUCAUUAUUAGCAUCGCAAUAAACACAAUUAAAUCUAACCAUAAUUACACUAUUUGAUCAGAAUUAGAUAAAAAUAAUAUAUAUAUCUGUAUAUAUCUAUACAAUACUAAAAGCCACAUAUAGUGAGCAGGGAGCUUGCCACGUCACUUAAAAUAAUCAACCAAUAAGAACAUUUCAUUUUUUUGGACUUAAAUUUACGUUUGGACUGUGUGUAUAUGUUUGGGCUUUGUUUUCAUUUAACCUAAAAACCUAAAACUAAGACCCAUACCUAAAUCUAAGACGUGAUGCCAAGGCUUUUCUCCUCCGCCACUUCAUCUUCUCUCUUCUCCUCUACGUCUUCUCCCCGUGAAACCAAUUCGAGUCUGUUUUCUUCAAGAGUGAAGGAAGCUGAUUGAGGAUAUAGAUGAGUACGACGGUGACGACCCUCUCUUCCCAUGGAUAAAGUGUGUUAAAUGGAUGCAGGAGGCGUUUCCUCCGGGUGGAGAGUGCUCGGGUCUGUUGGUGAUAUACGAGCAGUACGUGAGAAGUUCUGGCACUCGGACCGGUACAAGGAUGAUCUUCGUUACCUCAAAGUCUGGUUGGACCGAGCAUUGCGCUGAUGCGGAAGUGAUUUAUAAGUUUUUGGAGGUUAAUGAUAUUGGGAGGACGCAUGGUUUUUACUACAGAGAUUAUGGGUUGCACAUGGAGUAUAAGGGUAAGGUGAAGACUGCUAAUGAGAUCUUCAAUCUCGGAAUCUCUAGGAAUGCAAAGCCUGUGGAGAAGUUGAAUGAUGCUUACAAGAAGUUUAUGUUGAGAACUAUGAGAAGGACCACAACAGUUGAUGAUGAGCCAAAGGAGAAUGACUUACCAUCAAGAAGCUUUGGGACUGUAUUGUCAAGGGGAGAUAAUAGUAAUACAGGAAGACAAGCUUUAGGACCACAAGAAAAGAGAACAAAUCUGAAUCACUCAUCCAAGGCACCUUUGGCUGUGUACAAGGAUACUAUAACGGGGGAUCAAACAGAGUCGGACAAGUCAAAACCAGAGUUUGGUUCUUGGCUUAUGCUUGGAGGCAGAGCAGAGAGGAACACAGAAAACAAUGCCUUACAUGGAAAAUGGGCAGCAUUCAAGGUUCCUCAGAAACCCAUUGUGAGAACUGCUGCUUCCUCUUUUGAGGUUUUUGUCGAUGAAGAAGAAUGUACAGACAGUGAGGGAGUAGAGAAAAGGAAGAAGAUUGAAACCAUCUCACCAUCAUCAUCAAACGUUUUGCCACUUAAUGAUGGCCGUGAGAUAAAGAAGUGCAACGCAUCGUAGAGGAUCCUUCCGUACUGGUGGCUACAUACGAAGGGACGCAUAACCACUUAGGUCCAACGCUUCUAAAGGGAAUGUUACAUGACAAGUUGGAUCACGCACUGUGACUUUGGAUAUGGUUUAUGGUGGGCAUAGAUUAGCUGUGGAGAAGAAUGAACGUGGCUGCUAUAUCUGGGAGGUUGAUGGAGCAGUCUAGAACAUGAAGCUUUCAUUGAAUGUUUUUGUUUUGAUCUUCAUCCACGGAAAUUAGGAAUGCAUUUUCUACUCUUUCGAAUUGUAGAGGUUACGUGAGAAAAAAUGAGAACUUAAGUGUAUAUAAAUAUUACAUGAAAAAUCAUUAGCAUUCAAGUAAAUUUAAAUGUCAUUUGUUUUAAAUGUUAGAAGAAAGUUGAUUCAAUUGGAGCAAUUAAGGGAAAAUAUUCAUGAAAAUAUGGUAUAUGUAUGCUAUGAUAUUCACUUGGAACCAAGACAUCCUUAAUAAACAUGCUACAAUAGUUAGGGUGAAAUUUGGUGUUAUAUAAUCAAACUCUUUGAAAUAUUUAAUACCAUAACAUUCUGAAAAAAUAUUUUUAUAAUGGAAGCAUCACAGUAUUUUAUAUUUUAAAUUAAAUGGAUAUCUUUAAUAAAUUCAAAACAGUUUUUUCAUCAAAAAUUUAAGAAAUAAUAAAUUUAUAUUCCUUAUAUUUUCUGAUAAGAAUUUACUUUAUAAAUAAAUAUAAACUCGGUGAUAAACGUCUUCAUCAUCUACAUCUAUAUGUAUGCUAAAUCAUUAUAAUGUAAACAUGAGUAUAAAAAUAAAAUAUAUAAAUAUAAAAUAAACAAAAGAAAUAAUUGUAUUAAAUAACAAAAAUACAAUCAAUAUUAUUCUAUAUAUACUAAUGUAUAAUAAAAUUAUUGUAAGGAUUAUAUUUUAUAAGUUAACCAGUAAUAUUUAUUUCAAAAAAAAUCUAUUCAAUUAUUCUAAUAACAUGGUUAGCGUUAUUUUCAUAUAUAAUAAUACAUAUAAGAUUCUAACAAACAUGUAUAUUUAUAUCCUUUCUCAAAAAGAAAACAUGAAUCUUACACUAUUAAAAGGAGAAUAUGAAGCCCUCUUAAGCUGUCCACGUUAGCGAAAAAAUUCGCAACCAAUCAUUUGUCCAUGUCAUCAUGGAUGUUAAGUUGUUGGACCACGAAUAUGUGCUGUGUAAUAGGCCAUUUAGUUUUAAUGACCCAUUUGUUUUGUCAUCUUCUUGCUCCAACCUAAUUUUGUUACGACGUCUACAGAAGACAUUCCAGAACUCACUGUCUUUCUAUCUCUUCCGUAUAACGCCUGCGACGGCUAUAGUGACGAAUUAAAGCUACUUAAUUACUCAUCUAGACAAAUCGGCGUCUAACUUUCAACAUCCCUCCUCUUACUCAAUCAUAACGAUGCUUCCUCAAGCCAAAAAUCUAUUGCUCGGAUCCUCAAAUCCAUUCCUAGCUUUAUGGCAAAUCAAACGGCAGUCACCACCACCCAAAUUCAUUCUCCACAUUUCUUCAGUAAGGUUUCAUCAGGACCUGGAGAUUCCCAGUUGCUUUUUAAGCUAAUCUAUUUAUGGAAAGCUCGCAAUAAUUCCAAAGGAGACAUCAUUCUCGGCCUUGAGAUGUUGAUGAUUGAUGAAGAGGUAUGUGUCCAUAUUUCAAUAUUAUGCUUCUGAUUUCAUACAUAUCUCUGAUUUUUUUCUAACAGAGAGAGAAUAUGUUAACAAGAUUCUAUCCUGAAACUCAACACCUAAGAAUUUUUAACGUUAAGAGAUAAUUUUUAAGAUUUGUUAAAUAAGUGACCAUCUAUGAAUAUGUUAAUGUUUCUCAAUAUCCUUUUAUGUAGUAAUGAAAUACAGAAUUGUUCAUAUUGAAAUCUACUACAUAUUUCACAUUUUUAUAACAAAUAAUCAUUUACAAAAUAAUAAAUACCAGAAAGUUUAAUAUUGAAAAUAAAUUAUGGCUUCAAAACUUAAAGAAUUGCUGAGUCAUUUUAUUGGUUAUCAAAAUUUACAGAUUUAAGUAUUCAAAAUUAUUACACAUUUCUAAAAUUAUAUAUUUAUAUGAAAUAAAAGUUAUUUACCUAUACUUCAGAAAAUAAUUCAAAAUCAAUCAGAUGAUAUAUAAGAAAAUAUAUUAUAUACAUAAGAUGAUAGAAUUUUUUUAUUUUAUUAAAUGUAGAGUAUUUUAAAUUUUAAGAAAGAUUUAAACAUGGUUACGAAAAGAUUAAUAAAGACAUUUAAUAUGUUAACAUAAAUUAAUGAUAUUUCAAACAAAAAAAUAUAUCGAAACAAAAAAA